AUGGCCUCUCCCAGUCUGGACCAACUGGUCAAGGGCGCUCCAGCUACCGGCAGUCGUCCUGGAUCAUCUGCGACGCAAUCGUCCGAACCAUUGGCCCCUGCGUCCCAAUCCUAUGCUGCGUCGUCCGAUCCCUCUUCCCCGCCACGCUCGUCGACGCCCGAUCCACUGUCGACGCUGCCCUCUUCCCCACCCCAAAUCUACCUCAACCUCCUCAUCCUGGAGAGCUCCCUGCGAGCCCAGUACCUGGCCCUGCGUGAACGCCGCCGACAGAACACCUUUUUUCUCCUGCUGCUCGCCAUCUGGAACGUGUACUUCGCCUACGCGCUCUUCCUCCGCCCGCGCGAGGAUGGCCGCGGCGUCGGAGGGUCGGUCUACUGGGUGGUGGAAAUGUGGGACAAGGUCGCCCUGAUGGGAGGCGUGGUCACCGCACUCCUCGUCUGGGGCACCGGGCAAUGGGAGCGCGGAGUCCGUUGGCCGCGGCGCUGGCUCGCCGUGGCCAACCGCGGUCUGCGCACCAUGAACUGCAAGAUCGUGAUUAUCCGCGGCCCCUGGUGGCAGGAACUGCUCUCCUAUCUCUCCUUCCUGUUUCCCUUCUCAGCCCCCUUCUUCCCGUCCUCCGUCGGGGACUUCCACUACAUGGAGCGUCCGGUCUCCGAGAAACGCGGUAGUCGGCAGCACUACCAGCAGUACUACAACCACGACACGGAAUCAGGCCUGGUGCAGGAGGACCUCGGCCCGGGCGGCGACUACAUCCAGCUUCUGCUCCUCCCCAAGUCCUUCUCGCCAGAGUUCCGCCAGAACUGGGAUGAAUACCGCAGCGAAUUCUGGGACAAGGAAAACGAGCGUCGAACACAGCUGCGUCAGAAACUCCGCCAGAAGGAACGGCAUCUCGCCCAGCAGGAUGGGGGCUGGCUCUGGUGGUUCGGGGUGAGCUGGAAGGUAUCACAACGCCGACGAGUAGCCGCCGCGACGAUCAACCGGCCCGCGGAUGCCGACAAGGCCCAGCAUCAGCAUCGCCACCAUGCCCACCACCCCAGCAUCUCCAAACUUAAUCACGAGCCCAAAUCCCCUUCACGACGCGGCACACGCUCCGACUCGCACUCGCGCACUCCGUCCCGCAGCACCACCCCCGUGGACACGGACGACCGGCCCCCAUCGAGGUCCUCCGCCAGCGGCCGUCCCCGUCGCGGCAGUACAAGCCCCAGCAUAGAACAUACGCAUACCCAACCGCAACGGAAGAAGAAGGGCGCCAAAACAGUCACCCGCGGCCUGUCGCCCCUCACGCAGGCCCAGAUCCGAGAAGGCGUCCGCACGCACUCGUUCUCCUCCGACGACUCCUCCAUCAUGGGCAUGGGCACCCCCGGCGAGAAGGAGAAACCCAAAGAAGACCCCAUUGAAUAG